AUGCCCUAUUCAACACGCUUCCUCUAUAGCAUCUCAGCAGCACUGAUAUUCCUUCUUUUCGUAACUAUCGGUGUCAUAUUCAAUUCAGUGGGCAACUGGAGCAGCCUCUCACUACCCUUCCAAUUCCAUGUUUGUUCCAGCGAGCCCCCUUCCCGGCCUCCAUUCAUUCGCGAAUUCCAGCCUUUGGCCCCGAAAACCUCAUGGGAAUCACUUCUUCUCCCCCAAAAUGGCGGCAUACUAAAGGUCCGAACAAGCAACAGCACCGUAACCGACUACGGGAUCUCCAUGUUCCACCAGCUCCACUGUUUGACGGUUCUUCGUGGGCUGAUAUUCCCGGACACGACCCAGCAUCACGGGGCGCCCACAACAUCACCUUCUCACUCGGGCGAUGCUCAUGAAGAUGCUGUGCAUUGGGAGCAUUGUUUCGAUUACAUCGCACAGGUGAGUUCCUUGUGUUGUAAGGCUAUAAUCUGUGCGGCAGACGACACUAUCGAACCACCUCGCUCGGCUGUCGAUAGAGAUGGAAAACGCGUCUUGAUCAUUGAUGGGCUGGGACAUCCGCAUCAGUGCAGAGACUCGGAGUUGUUAUGGAGGGCUGUCCAAGAUAGUGAAGUUCAUCCUGUUGAUCUUGCUGGUGUGAAGGGAACACUUAGCCACAGUGAGAUUCUGCUAGAUAAUUGA